AUGAAGGUAUGGAAGCUGGCAGCUCUAGCCUCGAUGCUCUUCAGUUCCAUGUUGUCCGUUUUGGUUUGUAGAGACUUGUUCACCAGGAGCCAGGAGCACACCCUCUUCUCCUCGUCGCUGUUUUCGAGAACCUCGUCGUCUUCCUCGCUCGCCGACGGCCACAGGAGGCACGCAAGGGCUCUGGGACGCCGCGGGUCGCUGAUCUCCCAGUGUAAGCUUGGGCUCUCAGCCCUUCCUUCUCCCGGUGGAAAAUGAGUAGGCUUGUUUGGGAGGGUGCAAUAGUGCUUAUGAGAUAGAGCUGGGUGUGAACCUAAGGUGUUCUCAAUGUGGCCUCUUUAGAUGGCUCCUCAAGGGUGGCGCUGUGGGUUAAACCACAGAGCCUAGGGCUUGCCGAUCAGAAGGUCGGCGGUUCGAAUCCCCGCCACGGGGUGAGCUCCCGUUGCUCGGUCCCUGCUCCUGCCAACCUAGCAGUUCGAAAGCACCUCAAAGUGCAAGUAGAUAAAUAGGUACUGCUUCGGUGGGAAGGCAAAUGGCAUUUCUGUGCGCUGCUCUGGUUCGCCAGAAGUGGCUUAGUCCUGCUGGCAACAUGACCCAGAAGCUGUACGCCGGCUCCCUCGGCCAAUAAAGCAAGAUGAGCGCCGCAACCCCAGAGUCGGCCACGACAGGACCUAAUGGUCAGGGUCCCCUUUACCUUGAUCAUUAUAAACUUGGGCUUCUAUGCAGCAUAUCCCAGUGUAAAACUCUCUCCCGAACAGAGAUCCUAAACUCGAGACUAAAUCGACUCAUCACAUAUGCACGCAAAAUUUAUGCGAUUGCACACAUGCUUGCAAAAUUGAUGUAAUUGCAUCUGCAAAUCCCUGCUUAGAAAACUGUGUAUGGUAGCAUGAGAUUUCCUAUGACAGCAUACAAUCAAAUCCAGACCUGUCCUACCGAGCUGGGAUGGGAUGGGGAGAUUAGAUGAAUUUUGGGGACUGUUUGACUGGGACAUGGUUGCUUCUGAGAUUGGUUACAUUUAGCUACCCCCCGCCACUGAAAAAAUGGAUUUAAUUGCACGUUUGUAUAUGGAUUAGAAUUCUUUCAAAGGCAGUUGAUUGGGGUGGGUUUGUGUAUACGAUUAGAUCAGGCUUUUUGCGGUUAUCAGAUGCCUCCAAAUUCCAGCUCCGAAGGAGAGAGGGCGACUUUGACGGGGGGCACCAGGCUGAUUUCAGUCAGAAGCACGAUACUAAGGCGAGACAGAGUUCUGCCAGCCCAGUUCUGGGUGCCUCGCUUUAAGAAGGGCACGGGCAUGCAGGAGGAAGAAACCAAAUUUCAGCCCGCAAGGGACUCCCUCUUAGGGAUGGGUGAAGAAGGGCUUGGUCUAGCUCUAUCUAGGCAUUCCUGUGAAGGGACACGGGUGGCGCUGUGGGUUAAACCACAGAGCCUAGGACUUGCCGAUCAGAAGGUUGGCGGUUCGAAUCCCCGUGACCUGGUGAGCUUCCGUUGCUUGGUCCCUGCUCCUGCCAACCUAGCAGUUCAAAAGCACGUCAAGUACAAGUAGAUAAAUAGGCACCACUCCGGUGGGAAGGUACAUGGCAUUUCCGUGCGCUGCUCUGGUUCGCCACGAGCGGCUUCGUCAUGCUGGCCACAUGACCCAGAAGCUGUAUGCCGGCUCCCUCGGCCAUAAAGCGAGAUGAGCGCCGCAACCCCAGAGUCGGUCACGACUGGACCUAAUGGUCAGGGGUCCCUUUACCAUUACCUUUACCUUUAGGCAUUCCUGUAAGCUACCAAUUGCACACACCGGGAGAAGAGUGAAGUGCUCCAACCCCUACCUCCAUCCCAUCACCCUCCAGGAAUUUUUCUAUACAGUGGGCUCUCAGGUUGCGAACGUGAUCCGUGCAGGAGGCAUGUUCGCAACCCGCAGCGCCGCGUCUGCACACGCUUGGGUUGCGAUUCAGCGCUUCUGCGCAUGCGCAAAGCCCGAUGUAGCGCUUCUCUGCAUGCACGGCUGCCGAAACCUGGAAGUAACCCAUUCCGUUACUUCCGGGAUUCGGCCUGUCCGUAACCCAGAAAAACGCAACCUGAAGCGUCUGUAACCCGAGGUAUGACUUAUGUUGGAAGCUGUCCAGAGUCACUGGGGCAACCCAGUCAGAUAGAUGGGGUAUAAUAAUAAUAAUAAUAAUAAUAAUAAUAAUAUAGUUGUACCUUGGAUGCUGAACGCCUUGCGAGUCGAAUGUUUUGGCUCCCCAACACCGCAAACCCAGAAGUGAGUGUUCCGGUUUGUGAACUAUUUUUGGAACCCGAUUGUCCGAUGCGGCUUCCGAUCGGGUGCGGGAGUUUCAGCGGGGAGAGGGAAGGAGAACAACAGCAAAAAAGAAAAGGGAGGUCAAGGGGGGUCAGUUGGCGGGGGUGUGUGAGUGAGAAAUGUCCCUAUUUUCAUCUGAGGAGUGUUGGAGGGUAUGUAAGGAGGAGAAGGAAGCAGUAAGUAAGAAGGCGAGCAGGUGCGGGGUCUGGCUGGCUGAACAAACUUGGAGGGCCAGUGCUGACUUUGCCCUAAUGGGGCCUCCUUCCCCAACGUGAAGGGGAAACCCAGCCAGAUGGGCGGGGUAUAAAUAAUAAAUUGUUGUUGAGUCGUUUAGUCGUGUCCGCCUCUUCAUGACCCCCUGGACCAGAGCACGCCAGGCACUCCUGUCUUCCACUGCCUCCCGCAGUUUGGUCAAACUCAUGCUGGUAGCUUCGAGAACACUGUCCCACCAUCUCGCCCUCUGUCAUCCCCUUCUCCUUGUGCCCUCCAUCUUUCCCAACAUCAGGGUCUUUUCCAGGGAGUCUUCUCUCUCAUGAGGUGGCCAAAGUCUUGGAGCCUCAGCUUCAGGAUCUGUCCUUCCAGUGAGCACUCAGGGCUGAUUUCCUUAAGAAUGGAGAGGUUGGAUCUUCUUGCAGUCCAUGGGACUCUCAAGAGUCUCCUCCAGCACCAGAAUUCAAAAGCAUCCAUUCUUUGGCCAUCAGCCUUCUUUAUGGUCCAGCUCUCGCUUCCUUACAUCGCUACUGGGAAAACCAUAGCUUUAACUAUACGGACCUUUGUUGGCAAAAUAAAUUAUGAUGAUGAUGAUGAUGAUGAUGACGUGCCAAGCAAGCAAACCCCGACUGUUUCAAACUGAGCUUUCUGGGCCCUUCCCCAACUUGGCGCCAGCAAAUUACUGGUGGUGAAUGGUCAUUGGAAUCAGAUGGUGCUGUCCCCUUUUCUUCUUUCCUGCCUGGGAACGGAAUAAAAGCCUCCGGCCACUGGGUCCUUUAAAGGCCCUCGGAGGCUUCGUGGAGGCUGUUAAAUCCAGGUUGUGAGCGGAGGCCAAGUUGCCUUCGUGGAAAAACGCUGGAUGUUCGGAGCAUGCUAAACAGCACACUGGCUUGGGUUGGGGAGGGUAUUUAAUGCAAAAAUAAAACUAGAGGGCUGCGCCCCAUGUUUGUGGCGGUGGACAGGAGAGUUUUGGGUUCUUUUUAAAGAAAAAAGACUUUUACCAUAUCCAUAUAUGAGAUUCUCUGAAUCUCACAAUUUCCCCUCGUGUCCCCUGCAUGGGUCCUUAACAUAAUUAUUCUAGAUACAAGUAGGUAGCCGUGUUGGUCUGCCGUAGUCGAAAUAAAAUUAAAAAAUUCCUUCCAGUAGCACCUUAGAGACCAGCUAAGUUUGUUAUUGGUAUGAGCUUUCGUGUGCAUGCACACUUCUUCAGAUACAUGAAAGCUCAUACCAAUAACAAAUUUAGUUGGUUUCUAAGGUGCUACUGGAAGGAAUAAUUAUUCUAAAACUACAUAUCAUUACGUUCUCCACAGUUUUCAUCUCUCUGAAAUAUCCAUCCCACCCCCCGUUUCUUUACAAGUUGUUUUUAAAGUCCAGCUCACGUUUUUUUUGUUUAACAACGGUCUCCUAAAUAAGUUAUAAAUUCUUCCCAUUCUUUUUUUAAAGUCAUUAUCUUCUUGAUUCCUGAAUCGCCCGGUCAGUUUUGCCAUUUCAGUAGAGUCCUUACGGUCUUCAAACAAAAACAUCUUGAAGGUCCCAGGCCACAGGGAGGUUAGGCUGGCCUCAACCACAGCCAGGGCUUUUUUGGCUGUGGCCCCGAUCUGGUGGAACACUCUGCCACAAGAGACUUGACAUCUUUCCGCAGAGCCUGCAAGACGGAGCUGUUCCACCAGGCCUUUGGCCAGGGCCCAGCCUUACUCCCUCCUUCGGUAAUCCUCACAGAACUCUAGCCCAAUGGUUGUCAUUAAUCUGAUUUUGAAUUGAAUUUAAAAUGAAUUGAUUUUAGAAUGCUGUGUUGCUUUUAUUGUUGUUGGCCGCUGUGAGCUCGGCUUUGGCUGGGUAGGGCAGGAUAUAAAUAAAAUUUAAUUAUUAUAUUAUUAUUAAGGUAAAGGGACCCCUGACCACUAGGUCCAGUCAUGGCCGACUCUGGGGUUGCGGCACUCAUCUCGCUUUACUGGGCGAGGGAGCCGGCGUAAAGCUUCCGGGUCAUGUGGCCAGCAUGACCAAGCCGCUUCUGGCGAACCAGAGCAGCGCACGGAAACGCCAUUUACUUUCCCGCCGGAGCGGUACCUAUUUAUCUACUUGCACCGGCGUGCUUUUGAACUGCUAGGUUGGCAGGAGCAGGGACUGAGCAACGGGAGCUCACCCCGUGGCGGGGAUUCGAACUGCCGACCUUCUGAUCGGCAAGCCCUUGGCUCUGUGGUUUAACCCACAGUGCCACUCACAUCCCUUAUAUUAUUAUUAUUAUUAUUAUUAUUAUUAUUAUUAUUAUUAUUCUAAUUUUCUGUUGUUUCUUUUAAAAAUUCCAGACAGCACGUUGUUCGAGAGCUACACAGAGGGAGAAAUCCGCCACCUCAUCUCCACGCUGAUUGAGAGGUACAGCCAGUCCAUGAAUUCUGGAGGCCACGAACUGCCGCUCUUCGCCAAAGCCGGCAACCGGAUGAAACGCGCCAAGGCCCGCCACAAGCCCUGCUCCCUCAAGGAGCUGGAGGUGACUGUCAGUGAGUUGGGCCUCGGGUACAAGUCAGACGAGACGGUCCUCUUCCGCUACUGCAGCGGCACGUGCGACUCGGCCGUGCGCAACUACGACCUGUCCCUCAAGAACGUGAGGAGCAUGCGGAAGAUCAAGAAGGAGAAGGUGAGGGCUCGGCCGUGCUGCCGCCCCCUGUCGUACGACGACGAUGUCUCCUUCUUGGAUGCGGGGAACCGCUACUACACGGUGAACGAGGUGUCAGCCAAAGAGUGCGGCUGUGUGUGA